UUCCACUGAUUUCAAAAUGCAUUCUUGGACUCAAUAUAUAUCCUUUCUAAUUAUACUCAAUUAUUCAACAUCUAGAAAAAUUAGAUGCCAGGUCAAGUACAGAAUAAAAUAAGUAAAAUAACUAUGUAAACUAUAAAUCUCAGGGGUAGAGACAAUGCGUGAGUAGAGUAGGUUGAAUGAUAGCCCCCCCAAAAGAACCUGUGAAUGUGACUGUAUUUAGAAAAAGGGUCUUUGAAGAUGUAGUUAAGUUAAGGCUCUUGAGAUGAGAUCAUCCUGGCUUAUGGUGGGCCCUAAAUCCAAUGACAAGUGUCCUUAUAAGAGCAGAGGAGAGGUGAAGUCACAGGGGAGAAGGCAAUGUGAAGAUCAAGCAGAGAUUGAAAUGAUGCAUCUACAAGCCAAGGACUACCAAGGACUGCUGGCAGCCACCAAAAGCCGGAAGAGGCAAGGAAGGAUUCUGUCCUGGAAACUUUGGAGAGAACAUGGUCCUGCUGACAUCUUGGUUUCAGACUUCUGGCUUCCAGAAACAUGAGAGAAUAAAUUUCUCUUGUUUGUCAGUAAAUGGUUCAUCUAUGGAUGGAAAGCAGAGCAAAUUAGGACCUCCUACAGAAGUUAACACUUCUCUGUCUGUACCUGUGGGUAUGAAGGCUGUGCUCUAUUGCCCUCACAUUCCGUUGACAACUGUGGUGCUAACAACAUGGGAAAUAGUCCUCAGAGACAAGCCUUCCUGCACCAGAGCCUACAGGACAGAUACAAAUGAGACCAAGGAAGGAAACUGUACUGACAAGAGAAUAACCUGGGCCUCCAGACCUGAUGAGACUCUCACCCUUCAGAUUGAUCCCGUGGACAUCACUCAUGAUGGGUAUUACGGGUGUCAAGUGGUAACACCUGACGGGAAUUUCCAUCAUGGAUAUCACCUGCAAGUGUUAGUGCCCCCCGAGGUGACCCUGUUUCAAAGCAAGAAUAGAACUGUGGUGUGCAGGGCAAUUGCAGGGAAGCCGGCUGCACAGAUCUCCUGGACCCCACAGAGAGCCUGUGAAACUAAGCAAGAAUAUUGGGACAAUGGCACAGUGACCGUCCAGAGUACAUGCCCCUGGGAGGAGCACCAUGUGCCUUCUGUGUCCUGCACUGUCUCCCAUGUGACCAGCAACAAGAGUCUGUCCUUAGAGCUGAAUCAAGGUCCCCAAACAACAACAAACUUACGUAUUCUAUAUAGCAUCCCCUGUAUUUUUAUUGUCUUGGCCAUCGGGGGAUCCAUUUGGCUUUUGAAAAACGGUGGCUGCAGAAAAGGUAAAUUGAAAAAAACAGAAGCUAAUCCAAGUGUUGAGGAGGAUGAAAUGCAGCCCUAUGCCAGCUACACAGAGAAGAACAAUCCACUGUAUGAUACUGCAAACAAGGUGAAGAUGUCUCGGGUGUUACAAAGUGAAGUUGAUGGAACAGGUCUCAAUACUUUAUAAGUUAUUGGAGUCUAGCACCAGGA